AUGAGCGGCCGCGUCCCCGGCGCGGAGCCGCCGACGCCGGAGACGCAGAAGAAGGUCACCGCGGCGAAGACGUACAUCGAAAACCUGUACAAGAACCAAGCCAAGUCGCUCGCCGCGCGCAUGGAACGCCGCGCCGCGGCGGAAUCGCACGCGCUCGACGGCGGGGAAAAUCCCGCGAUCGCGAUACACGAGCUCGAGGAGCAGGAGCGCAAGUUCACGCGUCUGAAGCGCGCGAAGAUCAGCGUCCACGACUUCGAACCGCUGACGAUCAUCGGCCGAGGCGCGUUCGGGGAGGUGCGCCUCGUGCGAGACAAGAGCAACGGCAAGGUGUACGCCAUGAAGAAGCUCAAGAAGACGGAGAUGGUGCGACGGGGACAGGUGGACCACGUGCGCGCCGAGCGCGACCUCCUCGCGGAGGUGCACAACGAGACCGUCGUGAAGCUGUACUACUCCUUCCAAGACGAGCAGUUUCUGUACCUCGUCAUGGAGUACUUGCCCGGCGGGGACAUGAUGACGCUGCUGAUGCGUCGCGACACGCUCACCGAGGACGAGACGCGGUUUUACGUUGCGCAGACGGUGCUCGCGCUGCAGACGGUCCACGCCGCGUGCUUCAUUCACCGCGAUAUCAAACCGGAUAACUUGCUCCUGGACGCGCACGGGCACAUGAAACUGAGCGAUUUCGGUCUGUGCAAACCCAUCGACCAGAAGAUGCUGAACACGCUGCCGGAGAUCAUCGAAGAGGAUGGCGUCCCGUCGCCGCCGCCGGGCGACGCCGACGGCGACGACACCACGGACGCGUCGAACGAAUCCGCGCGCGCCGCGCAGCUGAAACACUGGCACGCGAACCGUCGCAGACUCGCGUACAGCACCGUCGGCACCCCGGAUUACAUCGCCCCGGAGGUUCUCCUGAAGAAAGGGUACGGGAUGGAGUGCGACUGGUGGAGCGUCGGCGCGAUCAUGUACGAGAUGCUGGUCGGGUACCCGCCGUUUUACAGCGACGAGCCCAUGUCCACCUGUCGCAAGAUCGUGCACUGGCGGCAUCACCUGCGGUUCCCCGCGGAGGUGACGCUGAGCGCCGAGGCGCGGGAUCUCAUCGAGCGUCUGCUGUGCGACGUGGAUCAGCGGUUGGGUACGGCGGGCGGCGUGGAGGAGAUCAAGGCGCACGCGUUUUUCCGCGGCGUGCCGUGGGAUAACCUGUACGCGAUCCGCGCGCCGUACGAGCCGGACGUGACCGGGGAGUUGGACACGCAAAAUUUCGAAAAUUUCGACGAGGACGAGAGCAUGAGGCCGCCCGGGAAGAACCCCGCGGGGGGCGAGGACGCCGCCGCGGGAGGGAAGGACGGCAGGAGAGCCGCCGCGGGCGGCGGCGGCGGCGCGAAAUCGUCCUCCCCGGCGAAGAAGGCGGACGACUUCAUCGGGUACACGUAUAAAAACUUUGAAGUCGUCGGAGAGGAGGUGCACAGGAAGAAAUCCAAGCCGAAGCCGAGUCUGAUGAGCAUAUUCCCGGGCGCCAUGGGCGACGUCGACGGCGCUGGCGGCGGCGGCGGAAUGGGCGGCAUCGCUACCCCUGCGAUGGACGUCGUCGGCGGCGGGAUGGCGGGGCUCACGGUGAGCGAUCCCCCGACGGCGGCGCCCGCGUUCGAACGCGGCGGGAGCGUCGUCGAGAGAGGGAGCUCGCCGAUCGCGGCGGCGGCGGCGAGGGAGGAGAGCGGCGGGCAGGCGCCGUCGGGGUUAGGGCGGACGUUGCGGUGACGUAGAGUAGCGCGCCGCGCGAGUCGGGCUCGAGAAAUUACAUCUUGUUUUCCGAGAUGCUCUUUGAAGUCGGUCCAUACAAAAACAGUCCACCGGUCAGUUGAAAGGGGACGCGAUCAAAUGUUGAAACCGAACGAUGGGUG